CAAUUAUAUGUUAAAUGUAAAUAAAAUUGCACCUCUAUAUUGCACAGUUCAGUUAAACUUAGCUGCAAGAAUGGUCAGACUUUAAACUAUAAUUUUCAAGAACAGAGAGGAAAAUAAGUAUUUGAACAUCCUGCAACUUUACAAGUUCUCCCACUUAGAAAUCAUGGAGGGUUUGAAAUUUUCACUUCAGGUUCAUGUCCACAGUGAGAGACACAAUCUAAAAAAAUCUGGAAAUCCAGGAGUGCAUGUGCAUAAAUGGUAAUAUUUAAUCAUGUUCUUUAAUAAUAUUUCUUUACAAUCAUGUUUCCUUUAUUCAGUAUAUUUCUCAUGAACAGUUGGGCCCAUUUGUAUCCAUUAUUGUUUUUACCUAAGAUAAACCUCAUGGUCUGAUACAACUUUGGGUCUAACAUUGGCAGGAUUAUUUUGAUGAUCUGAACUUUGAGGCUGGGCGUAACCAAGAUAAGCUGUGGGUAAAACCUGAUUGGCUGCAGCCUCUCUGCACUGAAACAUGAGUCAUAAAUCAGGACAAAAUAGUUUCUGUUUUGAGGAAGAGAAACUCAGACAGUCACUGUGACUGAGAGCAGAAAUGGAGCAGAAUCAGUUCGACCGAGAGACUUUCUCCUGUUCCAUCUGUCUGGAUCUACUGACGGAUCCGGUGACGACUCCCUGUGGACACAGCUACUGUAUGACCUGCAUUAAAGGUCACUGGGAUGAAGAGGAUCAGAAACGAAUCCACAGCUGCCCUCAGUGCAGAGAGACAUUCAUACCAAGGCCUGUUUUGAAGAAAAACACCAUGCUAGCAGCUUUAGUGGAGCAGCUGAAGAAGACUGGACUCCAAGCUGCUCCUGCUGACCACUGUUAUGCUGGACCUGAAGAUGUGGCCUGUGAUUCCUGCACUGGAAGAAAACUGAAAGCCAUCAAGUCCUGUUUAGUCUGUCUGGCCUCUUUCUGUGAGAAACACCUUCAGCCUCAUUAUGAUGUGGCUCCAUUAAGGAAACACAAGCUGGUGGAGCCGUCCAAGAACCUCCAGGAGAACAUCUGCUCUAAGCAUGAUGAGGUGAUGAAGAUGUUCUGCCGCACUGAUCAGAAGUGUAUCUGUCUCAUCUGUUUAAUGGAUGAACAUAAAGGCCAUGAAACAGUGUCAGCUGCAGCAGAAAGGACUGAGAGGCAGAGAGAGCUGGAGGAGAGACGAGGAAACAUCCAGCAGAGAAUCCAGG